UUGAUGACGUGUGGUGACUUGGAUGGUUCCGGGCUGAUCGGGGUCAUAGGUCUGGAUGGCGCCACCGGUGGACGCGCCGGAGGCGGUGGUCGUUCCCGCCGUCUUCGCGCUGAUCUUCGCGGUGGGCGUGGUCGGGAACGCGCUGGUGAUGGCGGUGGUUGCGCGGCGGCCGCGCGCCGUGGGCUCCACGAGCAUUUUCAUCGUGAACCUGAGCGCCGCGGACCUGCUCUUCCUCGUGCUGUGCGUGCCGCUGCACGCCGCCGUGUACGCGCUGCCGCACUGGGUGUUCGGCGCGCUGCUGUGCACGCUCGCACACUACUUCGUCAUGGCGUGCAUGCUGGUGAGCGUCUUUACGCUGGUCGCGCUCUCCGUGGACCGCUACGUCGCGGUGGUGCGCGCCAACCGGGCGCCGCGCGUGCGCAGCCGCAGGACGGCGCUGGCCGGAGUUUGUGUGAUCUGGAUUCUGUCUCUGAUCCUCUCGGUUCCGGUGGCCCAGCACCAGGUGCUCACGGAACACCCGAGCGCCCCGAACGCCACCUUUUGCUGGGAGCGCUGGAGCGGCGCGUCCCGGCGCGCGUACAGAGUGACGGUGCUGCUGCUCGGAUACGUGCUCCCCCUGCUGGUUAUCAGCUGCUGCUACACCCGGGUUCUGAUUCACAUUCAUAAAAAGAUGAAGAACAUGACCAAGAAGUCUGAGCGCUCAAAGAAAAAGACAACACAAACGGUCCUUCUGGUGGUGACAGCAUUCCUUAUCUCCUGGAUGCCCUAUCACAUUAUUGCCAUGUGGGUGGAGUUUGGUACCUUUCCCCUGAAUGAUGCUACUUUUGCCUUCCGUAUCAUCUCCCACUGUCUUUCCUACGGCAACUCCUGCAUCAACCCUGUCCUCUAUGCUUUCAUGUCUGAGAACUUCCGCAAGGCUUGCCGGCAGGCCUUCACCUGUCGCUGUCCGUGCCUGGCCCCAGAAAGUAAAACUGUGCAAUUCCGUCUCGAGACCUUCACCACCACACACACCAAUGUGACCGUUCAGAAACAAAAUAGUGUGAUCAGCUGAUGGAAACAUUUCAGUAAGCAGACAAUAUGU